AAGAAAAAGAAAAACGAAACAGUAGUUAAGGAGAACGGAAGCUUCUCAACCCCUCUUUGACUUUGACCCAGCAGUAGAGUAGACAAAGCCAACUACCCAUUCCUUAUCUGACACGUGUUCAUGACAAAGACCCGGAUAAUAAUCACGCUUUAAACAACAAAAAAUAUAAAAUAAAAUAAAAAAGUAUUAAAUAAGUUGGUUGUAUUUGGAAACCAUAUUUCGUUCUCUUCUCUAAUAAUCGGGAUUGAAGACUUCCACCACAGCACUUCCGAGUUUUCAACGUGUCAUCAACCUCAUCACCCCUCCGCUGAGAAAAUCUCUCUCUCUCUCUCUCUAUCUCUCUCUAGAAUUGAAGCAGUUAUGCCGUUCUGCUACGUCGGCUCGUACCAAACGAGCGGAGAUUCAGAAGCUAACAAUAAUGGAACCAAGAUUUUCUACAGAACCUACGGCCGCGGACCCAUCAAAGUCCUUAUGAUCAUUGGAUUUGCUGGUACCCACGAUUCAUGGCAUCCACAAAUCAAGUGGCUCACAGGGACGGUGACGCCCAAUGAUGAUCAAUUUAUGGCCGUCGAUCUUGACGCAGCUGAGGUUGGUGGUGACGGAAACAGUGAAGGUCGUGUGGAGGUUUGUGCUUUCGAUAAUCGUGGAAUGGGUCGCAGCUCUGUACCCACACAAAAGUCAGCAUACACAACAAGAAUCAUGGCAAAAGAUGCAAUAGCCCUAAUGGAUCAUUUGGGUUGGAGAAAAGCUCAUGUUUUUGGCCAUUCAAUGGGAGCUAUGAUAUCUUGUAAGUUAGCUGCACUGGUACCGGAUAGAGUUCUGUCUCUGGCUCUACUGAAUGUAACUGGUGGAGGUUAUGAAUGUUUUCCAAAGCUUGAUCGUCAAACAUUAUCCAUUGCAAUCCGUUUCUUCAAGGCGAAGACUCCUGAGCAAAGGGCAGCUGUUGAUUUGGAGAUUCACUACACAAAGGAAUACCUUGAGGAGUAUGUUGGACCUAACACAAGAAAAGCAAUUUUGUAUCAAGAAUAUGUGAAAGGUAUAUCAACAAGUGGGAUGCAGUCCAAUCAUGGUUUUGAGGGCCAAAUUAAUGCAUGCUGGAAUCAUAAAAUGUCACAAAUAGAACUUGAAUUAAUCCGCUCCGCAGGAUUUCUUAUUUCAGUCAUUCAUGGCAGGGAUGAUAUCAUUGCUCAAUUAUACCAUGCAAAGAGACUCGCUGAAAAGCUGCAGCCUUCUGCUAGAAUGAUAGAACUACAUGGAGGGCAUCUAGUGAGUCAUGAGAGGACAGAAGAGGUCAAUCAAGCUCUUUCUGAAUUGAUCAAGGCAUCAGAAAAACAGAUGAUCCCAUAUGACUGGACAAACUUGCCCACGAAAAGCUCUGGGUGGGUGGCAACAAGGAUAUCACUUGGAAGUACAACUACUUCUGAAGCAGGAAGCAAAUUUUCUUUCAUGGUUGACAUUUUAGAAAAGCUCUUUCUUUUUCUAAGCAUAUUUGGCCUCUUUGUGCUGAUUUUUGAGUUUUUACAAAGAGGCUUAAGAUGUCUAAAACCAGUAGCAGCCGGACCCGCCCUCACAUAAGCUUUUUUUUCUACUGGGAUCUUUUCAGUUUGCAACCCCAGUGAUGUCAGUUUGUAAAAUUCUUUUGCCAGUCGAUGGAAUCUGUAGAGGAAGAGUUUUGGCUAGAGAUUUCAGGGCUUUAAUGGCAUCGGCACACUUGUCAUCCCAUGGAGGUGCAUUUUUUCAUAGUUGAGUUGAACUGUGGUUCGAUAUUGAAUCAACUUGGGAAUAAAUCUGUCAUGUUAUUUACUCUUUCAUUAUACAAGCGGUCCACUUGUAGUACAAUCGCAAAUUAUAUCUGGAAAAUAGUAAAUACACAGGAGUAAUAUGGCCAGAGUCUGGAAACACCAUUUAUACAAGGAUUCAAUUUGGGCAUGGGAGGAGAUAAACAGCCAACAGGCAGUGGAUGGCAGCAUCCUCUAUUCUUGCCCUUUAGUUGCAACCAACAAAAGGGUUUUUUUAUUUUGUUUAUUCUUUAUUUCAUUUUGUUUAUCUUAAUACAAGUGAACUUAUUGUAAUAUUCAGAUUCUGAAAAGGUUCGAAGUUGAUUCUGUGUUCAAUGGAUUUUAUGCUUUUGAAGUGUUUUUAUA